ACCGUUUUUAAAGUGUUGGACACAAAGUUAAAUGUUUUUUACAGACACUUCCAACGCAUCUAACGACAUCGUAGUGACGACACAUAAAACAUUGAUUACCAAAAUCAGAACAACUGUGCGAUGUGAGCACCGAUCAGAGAGGUCAAAGCGACUCCUGACACCACUGACUGGCUGAAAUAACACGUGUUCAACGAUUCGUAGCAGCAGAAUGUUAAAAGGUCUGACCUCGCUAACACCGACAUCAAAACAUUCAUCCGGUACGGUGGAACCCGUAUCUCUCAUUUGUAAUCCCAAGCAGACGGGAGGAAAAACAUGCAGAUAAAAAAACGAGUCCAGCAAAGCGUGAAGGUGGCGGUCUCACGCCGCGGGGGGCUCUAAUCGGCACAGAGGGACAAAGAAUUUGUGAGGUCGGAGGAAGAAAAGCAGCAGCAGCAGGAAGCAGCACGUGAGGGAUAUGCAUCCAUUCAUUGAUAAAACGGACACACUUCCAUGCAUGAAUGUAGUCCGGACCGGCGUUUAUGUUGUGCGAUGUGCAGGGAAACGAGCGUGAGUGGUGAAGUGCGGGUUGGAAGAUGUGAAUCUAGACGGAUCGGCCUGUUUGACACUUUUCAGCGGGGGACAUAUUGAUGAGUAAGGAACCCGCAAAUGGGAGUCACGUCGAAGCCGCUCCAGUUUCCCUGCAGCGGCUUCGGGACAAGGGGUCUGAAAUCCCCCUCUGGAACAUCUGUGGAGAGACCUCGGCUGUGGCUGCUCGGACGCCUCGCUCUCAGCUCGCAGAUCGCGGGAGGAAAUGGGACAGGAAUCCUGCUUCAAACGCUUCAGGCUGGUGCAGACUCAGAGGGAACGUCUUCGUGGUGAGCCUGGCGGUGGCGGACCUCGUGGUGGCCAUCUACCCGUACCCUCUGGUCCUGACCUCCAUCUUCCACCGCGGCUGGGACCUGGGCUACGUCCACUGCCAGAUCAGCGGCUUCCUGAUGGGCGUCAGCGUCAUCGGCUCCAUCUUCAACAUCACCGGCAUCGCCAUCAACCGCUACUGCUACAUCUGCCACAGCCUCAAGUACGACAAGCUGUACAGCGACGCCAACUCGGUGUGCUACGUGGUGCUGAUCUGGGCGCUGACCGUGGUGGCCAUCGUGCCCAACCUGUUCGUGGGCUCCAUCCAGUACGACCCGCGGGUCUACUCCUGCACCUUCGAGCAGUCGGCCAGCUCGGCGUACACCAUCGCCGUGGUCUUCUUCCACUUCAUCCUGCCCAUCAUGAUUGUCACGUACUGCUACCUGCGCAUUUGGAUACUGGUCAUUCAGGUGCGGAGGCGGGUGAAGCCGGACAACCGGCCCAAGCUGACGCCGCACGACGUGCGGAACUUUGUCACCAUGUUCGUGGUGUUCGUGCUGUUCGCCGUGUGCUGGGCGCCGCUCAACCUCAUCGGCCUGGCGGUGGCGAUCAAGCCCAAGGUGGUGGUGCCGCUCAUCCCCGAGUGGUUGUUCGUGGCCAGCUACUUCAUGGCCUACUUCAACAGCUGCCUUAACGCCAUCGUGUACGGCGUGCUGAACCAGAAUUUCCGGCGCGAGUACAGGCGCAUCGUGGUGUCGGUGUGCACGGCGCGCAUCUUCCUGCAGGACAGCUCCAACGACGCCGCCGGGGGGGAGAGGAUCAAGAGCAAGCCGUCGCCGCUCAUGACCAACAACAACCGGGUCAAGGUGGACUCCGUCUGAGCCAGAACGCCAAGAAAAAGAAGAAGAAGAAAAAACAAACAAACAGAAGCAAACGUUUUAAAAGAUAUGCUGUGACUGAGCGGGGGGAAAAAAAAACAACAAAAAAAACACAGAAGAAAUGUGAGAAAAAUACCAAAUAUGAGUAUAAAACGGCUUCUAUCCUGCGAUCUUAGUCACGCGGUGCUAUCUGACCUCUGAACCAUCAGGGGUGCGUAUUAUCUUUUGUCUUUUAUCGAGCACUCCUGUUUGACUCUGAAGUACCUGUAGUACAGUAAAUCUAUGAUGUCCGUUGGUUUUACAUGUUUACAGUGAUGAUAUAAAUGUAUCAUGCAUUAUACAAGUAUUUAUUUUAUAUGAAAUGUUAUGUAGAUAUAUGGUGCGAUAUAUAUCUGGUUCCAUUUAAAUGCAAACACCGGCUGAUGGGGGGGGGGGGGAAGAACACGACAAUGAAAGUUGGUUGAAAAUAUAACCAGAAGUUUAUGAAUUCAAACAAUUUGUAUAACCUCAUUUGUGACACUGUUACACUAAUUGAGUGCAAGCAUUGUGAGUUGCUGCUGUCUUAUUAUACUGCAAUACAUUAAGUGGAAUAUAUAUAUUUGAGUAUCUCUUUUGCUCUCUCUGCCACCUUGUGAGUUUAUCAUUCUGUAUGCAUGGAUAUGCAGGAAUCGUUCUAAUGCAAAAUAAACCUGAUAUUGAUGGACGAUUUUUUUUAGUUCCGUGUCCAAUUUUCUUCCAAAUGCAAGUUUAUUGCAAUCCUCUGAAUGCAUAACCCUGUACGCUUUUCAUAAUUCAAACCAUGUGACAUAACCGUUAUGUACUGAGAUCUCUGCACACAGUUCACCUGAGAGAGAAACACCAACUAGAUGA